GCGAUACAUUUAACUAGCUACAAAUACAAGCAAGUGAACAUCAUGCCUAAGGGAAUAGGAACAGUUAGACCCACCAAAAUCACUGACGUGUAUUUAGUUUCCUCAUCUUUCGUGCCGACUACGAUAUCGUUGGGUUUCAUCUGACCUGAAGAUAUAUCAUUUGCAUUGGCGUUGUUUGGUGUGUUUCUAUAUUUUAUUGUUGUUGUCUGUGUUUUUUUGGGAUCGUCGCCCAGAGGUUUCUGCAGCCGGUGGUUCUUCUGAGAAGUCGUUUUGUCCAGCUCGGGUAGUGACAUUCUGUAUCGGAUUCAAUGUGUAUCGUUACGUUGAUCCCUUUUUUUGUGUUUUUUUUUGCGAAGUUUGGAAGCAUAUUUUUGAACGGAGGUUGUGAUAAUUUGUGAAUGUAUUAGAUGUUUCUAAACUCACUGCAAGCACUUUCCCGUUUUAUUUGUGCCGCCAUCGUUGUGUUGAAAACCCCUCUGUACGUCGCAUCAUGGGGAACGUCAGUAGGAAGACUGGAGCCCAGGUUAGUUGGAGCCACCAAGCGUUCGCUGUCAGGUGCAGUUCCCAGGCGAUUUGGACGAAGGUUCGCCGUGCCAUGGCGUCAGUGUGCGUGGCUGUCCGUGUUCGACCGUUGAACAAAAGAGAAAAGGAAAUGUCAGCGAAGGUGAUUAUUCACAUGAAGGGGAAGACCACAUCUGUAGACGGAAACAACAAGGACAUACAAAAAGGUAUUCCUGGCAUUGGCCUGACGGACCGAGGAAGACAUUCAUUCUCCUAUGAUUUCUCCUACGAUUCUACUGAUGUCAGAAGCCCCGACUUUGUUCCUCAGGAGAAGGUGUUUAAAGACUUGGGCUGUGAUGUCCUGAAGGCAGCGUUUGAAGGUUACAACGCCUGUGUGUUCGCCUAUGGACAAACCGGGUCAGGGAAGUCUUAUACCAUGAUAGGAAACCCAGGAGAUCUAGGUCUGAUUCCACGGAUCUGUGAUGGACUCUUCUGUCACAUAUCAGAGAUGGACCAGGUGGAUGGGGCCUCCUUCCGCAUAGAGAUCAGCUACCUGGAGAUUUAUAAUGAGCGUGCACAGGACCUCCUCACGACUAAGACGGACCCAGGGAGUGGGGCAGGACUCUACCUCAGAGAACACCCCAAGGAUGGGCCCUAUGUGGAGAACCUGUCGACGCGCCUGGUUCAGAACUACACUGAUAUUGAGGAGCUAAUGCAUGCUGGGAAUGCCAAACGCAUCACGGCGAACACGGGCAUGAAUGACGUUAGCUCUCACUCCAUCUUCACCGUCAUCAUCACACAGGUUCGUUUUGAUGCAGAGCUGCCAUGUGAGACGGUGAGUAAGAUCCACCUGGUAGACUUGGCAGGCAGUGAGAGGACUGGUGCCAGACUGAAUGAAGGAGCCAACAUCAACAAGUCCCUGGUCACUCUGGGUAGUGUCAUCUCUGCUCUGGCUGAUACAUGUGUGACUGGAGAAGGGAGCUCCCACACAGGGAUGAUGAUGAAGAAGCUGUUUAUCCCCUACAGAGACUCUCUUCUGACCUGGCUCCUGAAAAAUAACCUGGGGGGAAACGCCAAGACAAUCAUGAUAGCAACCAUUUCUCCUGCUGACGUGCACUACGGUGAGACACUGAGCACAUUGCGCUACGCUAACCAAGCUAAGAACAUCGUUGACUGUGGGCUUGUUGACGAGGACAGCAGCGUUAAAGUCAUCAGAGAACUGCAGGAGGAGAUCGGUAGACUGAGAGGACUGAUGGAGAAUAACAACCAGGAAUGCAGGACGCUGGUGGGUCGACACGAGGCGCCGUCCAAUCAGGAUAUCGGUGCUGUCAUCCAGCUGGGGAGAGGAACUAAGUUCUGUUUCAACCAUCCUAAAGUGACGGCCCAGCUCAGAGAGCAACGCAGGAGUGCCCUUCUCUCCAGUCUGUCCAUGGCGCACCGCUCCGAGCCCACAGAGAACCUGUCCAAGGAAAUGCUUUUCCAUUCCAGGAUGGAUAUGCUAGCUGCAGCAGGACUGACUGGAGACACGAGACAACAGAGGAGCUCUGUGCUCUCUUCUCCACUAAAGACCUGUACGAGAGGAGACGAAGGAGGAACAGAGGAAGGAACAGAGGAAGGAACAGAGGAAGGAACAGAGGAAGGAACGCACCACGCACACUUCCCGCUGGCCAGCAGCAGCAGCUCAACACAGACCCCUCGGUUUGACAAACACACUGCCUCUCUGUCCCAGACCGAACACACAGCCUCCCGGCUGGACAGGGACAGACACAGACGCAGCCAGGCGGUACGUGGCCUACCGCUAGCAGCAUUGGAGGGCCACUUCAGUCGUUGCAUGAUGAAUUCAUCCAAGACCACGGUGGAGGACUACGGAGACUAUUACAAGGAGGAGACACAGGCUGGGGCUAGGAGGGAGGAGGAGGUUGAUCAGGUUAGCAGGGUGUCUAGGGGUGAGGAGGCGCAGGAUGAGAGCCAGUUCUCUGCUUCCGGGCUGGGUGCUCUGGUUAGCAGAGUAUCCCAGAUCUCUGGGCUUGGGGGGAAGCAUGAGCUAGACUCUCUGGGGGAAGAGAGCUCUAUCUCUGGGAUGGGUUCUGUGGUCAGCAGUGAGGUGUCAGUGAGGUUCCCAGACACGUGGCGUCUCCUCAAAAGCUCCCUCCCGAGAGUCCUGCAGCAGUUCUGGGACAGUGCAGGAAUUCUGCAGCCUGGAGAUGGGGGAAUGGCUGGGAGUCUGCAACCUGGAGCUGUGGGAAGAGCCUGCUCCAGUUGGCCCAAUCAGGUUGUCUCAAUGGUGAGGGAGAGUCUGGUGCUGUCAGUGGUCAAAGACAGCCAGGUCUUCUCAUUGGUCAGAGAGAGUCACAUGUUCUAUGUUAAAGACAGUCAGGUGUUCUCUAUAGUCAGUGAGCUGCCAUUGGUGCAACAGAUGAGCACUGAGCUAACUCAUGACUUCAGGAGCAUUCCCAUAGAGCUAACUCAUGACUUCAGGACCAUUCCCAUUGAGCUAACUCAUGAUCUUCAGCAAGUGGAGUCAACUGGAAUACAGCAGAGAGCUAUUGACCUUAACACCGCACCAAAAAUGAACCUGCCCCUUCUUACAACCCACAAUACUGUCUUCAGCCCAGCACCAAGCCUGUACCCAGCCCAGAAUGCCACUGAGUUCCCACAUAGACAGAACACUGGUACAGAAGUGGAUUGGAGAACAGGGGAACAGAAUCCCAUCCGAGAACUGGAGUGGACUCCGGAAGGCAGACAGGAGGCUCCAUCUACGUCAGAGGUACAGAUUACAACCAAGGAGGAGCUGUGGUCACCAGAGGACCAGAUCAAGAUGGAGGAGGACCCACAGUGUGUCACCAAUGGCAGCAAGCCACAGUCCCCUCCAGAGCAGGGGGACAACGCCAGGUCUGCAGGUCCAGAGAAGAGCUCUGUUCCUGGGCAGGCGAAGCAGUGGACUGAGGGUUUCCAGGUAUAUUACCAGAGACUGGUGGAGUUCCCAGGGGCUCUGGUUCAACUCCAGUCCCUUCCCGUGUUCACCCUCCUGGGCUGUCUCCAGUCUGUUGUCCCCUCUGUCUUCACCUCGCAGAGACUCGUGGCUCUCUACUGGCUGGGCGUGGCCAACUGCAGCCAGCCCCACCCACACCCUUCUGUCGUCCUCUUAUUUGAGUCCUGCCUCUACGCCCUGAUCUUUGACCCUGACAUGUCCGAUCAGACCACGCCUCUGACAGUGUUCCACCACCUCCCCCUGCUGCAGAUCAAGGAGAUCCAGGUGGGUUUUGGCGGUCAGAGUCUUCGUCUCACAGCCUCCACUAAGGAGAGUGUCCUGACCCUCUACACCCACAGCCAGACCCUCACCCAGGCCCUCACCCAGACCCUGCUAGGUGUGUUGUCCCCUGGGGACCAGCGAGUGGCUCACCACCCCUUCCUGAAGGAAGAUCUGAUGGCGCUGUCUCUGGACUGGAAGGCCCAGGUACCUGACCUGCUGUUGGAUGCUGGGCUCAGGCUGUCUGGUCACUUCCACAAGACCCUAGCUGACCUGGUGUAUAUUCUGCACGGCAACAUGGACAGAGAGAAGCCUAGUCUGGGAGAGGUCAAACUGCUGCUCUACACUACCGUUGGUGUGACAACAACCCCUGACCCCAGACCUGACCCCUGGGCCCAGCUCUUCCUCACAGAGACACACCUGGGACUGGUGCAGGAGAAUGCCGUGUUCCACCCUGCUCCGCGCCACCUCCCCCUGCUGUCCCGACAAGCACAGUUCCAGGGGGUGUCCCUUCGGUGCCGCUCUGACAUCCGCUGUUUGAUCGUCGGAGAUUGGGCCGGGAGCCCCCCCGCUGUGGGGGAAGAUGGAGCUGGUGAUGAAGUCGUAGGUGGGGCAAUUAGACUGGACAUCAUCCUAUCUCGGAACCGGAGGACCAGGGGAGAGAGGUGGGACAGGCCUAAGGAACAGCCUGGAAGAAGUGCUGCUGCUGUGAGGACGGUAGGAAGGGUGGCUGAAGCUGCUAUCCUGUAUGCUGACUCUAAUUCAUGUCCUUCGCCGCAUCAGCAGGCUGAAGUGUGGAAAUUAAAUUUCAGCUGCUCGUCGGAGGCCGCCUGUCUGAUUAAUCACUUGUCAAAUGUCUCAAUGGUCACUGAUCAAGGACUGGACAGACCGUAAUGGAACUAUAGCUUAGACGGGACCGGACUGAACAGAAGAACUGGUACCUAACUCUCAUUGAGAGGAAGUCGAGGUGUAUGUUUUCUCAUUGAGAGGAAGUCGAGGUGGCAGUACAGUCCAUCUCAAAACAACAAGAUGGAGAAUGUUUCUACUUUGACACUACUAAAGGGCACUUUCCCCAAACACAGACUAAGAUGAGUCCAUGGACUUAUAAAAGCUUAAAAGACAAUCUCCUUGUACUUCAACGUUCAUCCAGGACUCGGGUUAAUCUGUGUCCAGGAAACAGGCCCGUAGAGUUACAUGAAUAUAUAUGAAUCUGUUUUGUUGUUCAACGGUUCCAUGCACUGAUUUCUAUGAAAUAUUCAUAUCCCAUUUUCCACAUCUUUCUGAAGGCCACUUUAUUUUUUGGUCUGCUGUUUUCCAUGUUGUGGUGGGUGUUUUUUUUUCAUUCACUGUUCCUGUUUUAGUUUACACUGUCGAGGGACCCCAGGACACUUCAUUAGAGAGAAUAUAGGCCAUUCUUUUUAAGGAUAGAUAUGCAAAGGGAACAAAUGGGGUAUGCCUUUUUAAGCAUAUUUGCACUUUUGACCACACAAGACAUGUGUUAUACCUCAAAUAUUUGAAAUGUUUGUUUUAUGGACAUAUGUAAACUUUAUUUUUUAUUACUUUAUGCCAAAUAAUAUUAUGCAAUCUAAUUAAUUAUAUUUGUGGAAUAUUUGAAUUACUUGGUAGUUUCAGACACUUGUGUGUUUAAAAAUACAUGUGUUAAAAUGGUCAUGUUUACAAUGCUGCAGGUGGAAAAUAUGUGUUUUUGUUUAGGUUUGUCAAGCAUUAAAAGUUAUACAACUUC